ACUUUUGCAUACGAACUCGGAUGAAAAAGUUUUUUAUAUGAAAAAUCAUCUACUCGAAAAGUUACAUACGAAUUUAACCCACGGUAGAAGGCGUUACGGUAGGAAUCCCACCGGAUCUCCUCCCUCUUCAGUCUUCCUUGCGCCGCCAGCAGUAUAAAACAGCGCUCCUCCCCAAGCAUCCCCAAUUCUUCGCCAACAAAAUAUUGAUCUUGUUCUUGGCUACGUGGUUGAGAGCUGAUAGUCUCCAUUCCAGAAAUUGUCGGGUUCAAUUGGAUCCCAACCCCACUCUUCAGGUACUCGGCGAAUCUCUGAUGAUAAUCUCCGUGUCUGUACUGUACAUGGUUCUUUGAUAUUACCAAGAGAAGAAACGAGAAUCAUCAUCACAAACAUUCAACGAGUUCCUUGUUCUUUCUUCUGAUUAUCAGGAGGUCCGCCCGCCAUCGCCAUGGGCAGCCGGUUUGUGAAUCUGUUGGCCAUGAGCUGCAACGGUGGCCCCAGACACUUCAGCCUUCACUGCUUGAACCCGGCAAACUUAUUUCACCCAGCCCGGUCACGGCCAGCGGUUCGAGUAGUUCAUCGACGGCCAGCGGACGCCCCGCUGCCUCCGCCGUCCCUGUCAUUCGACUGGCCCUGCAGGAAGGGCGAACAGGCGUGGAUGAAUUUCAUUGCUUUCGGCCCCGGCCGGGAAAACCUCCUCGCCGUGGACCAAAUCGGCAAGAGCUUCUUGUACAACCAUGACUCGCGCUUGCUCCGCACUGGGAUGCCCAAGAUGUGCAAGCCCAUUAUCGACCCCAUCUCCGUUGCCGUGGGCGACAACCUGUACGUCAUGAGCGGCAACCCUGGCCGGCUGCCCGAUCGGGACUGCUUCCAGGCUCUCCUCCACACCCGCCUGCCUGCUAGCUACGCCCAAGACUGGUGCUGGUAUUCCCUCCAGCCACCGAUUUUCUUUACCGACGACGACGACGGGGAGGAUCGAUCCAGCUGCCGCGAUGCCCCAAUGCCCUUUGAAAUCAGUGCCUACACCGUGCUUGACGAUUCACAGAUCUGGAUAUCCACAUCUGGCACCGGCACAUACUCGUAUGACAUCGCGAGUGGCGCGUGGAGCAAACUAGGCAACUGGGCACUGCCGUUCAGAGGUCGCGCCGAGUACAUCCCUGAGCACAACCUCUGGUUUGGCUUCACACCCGACGAUUUGCAGCUCUGCACAUCUGACCUCACUGCCUCGUGUGAGUUGAGGCCGCCCGUGCUGCAGGAUGUGUGGACAGACGUGAACAGGCCGGAAGAUUGGACCCUGACAGACGCCAGCAUUGUGCCGCUCGGCUCCGGUCAAGUCUGCGUUGCCAGGUUCUUUCUUACCUGCCCAGAGGAGAGCAUUGAGGAUGUGUAUGGCUAUGUCCUUGAGAAAACAGAGAAUUUUGCUGUUCUCGAGGGCGUCAAAUUAUUAAAGGCUGGGUGGGCUCAGCUCCGGAUGGUUAAGCACAAGUCGGAGCGUUACGUCUUCGGCCGUGACCUUGUCAUACCGCUUUGAUAUUUUGUAGUACUUCAUC